AUGCCUUUCGCUCGCAAAAUUAGACGGCACUCCAUUUCUCAAUCUGACCCUCGGUCCGUGAAUCGCUCCCGGAACGGCAAGUUUGAGUAUGUUCCCCGGGCCCAAAGCGAAGCAGGCAAUGGCUCAAUUCAUGAAAGUGAUGGGGCCGAGAAUGUCGAUGAUUUGGAGAUGGCUGAGGACGAUGGCAGGUACGACGCUGUAGAUGGAGUGCAUCUACCCCAAGAGGGGCUUGGAAAUGCUGGCCCAGAGCGUUUGACCAAGCCCCUUCCGGCAUCAAAAGCCUGGCGUGCACCAAUCAAUGCCAACCCCUCUUUAAUACCCAUCCAAGCAUCAAUCCCCCGCACUACCCAUGAAAAGCAUAACACAAGACGCCUUAUUGUGGUCCUUGAGCAAGCCUGUCUUGAGGCCUACCAAGUCAACACCGGGUGGGCUUCAGGGAAGGACGUUAAAUAUGCUCUCCUCAAUUGUGACGAUCAUCAAGGUAUACUAGCCAAAACUGGGAGAGAUAUUGCGGAUGCACGCCCGGACAUUACCCAUCAGGUAAAGUGCACUAUUCCCUUGGGGCCUUCACAACUAAUUCGUGAUGGGACAAAAGUGCCUUCUCACUCUCUAGACUCCCCAUUGAACAAAGCGGGUCGAUUACAAGUUUACAUCCACACGGCGAAGGACGUACUUAUUGAAGUAAAUCCUCACAUCAGAAUACCGAGAACGUUUAAGCGUUUUUCGGGCUUGAUGGUCCAACUACUGCAUAGACUAAGUAUACGCGGAGUCAAUACUUCCGAAAAGUUGCUAAAAGUUAUUCGUAACCCUGUCACCGACCAUCUCCCAUGA